AAUGGGUGGAAAGUUAGCUGAAUUAGGAGAGAUGUGGUCUAGAGUCAGAAGGCUACGUCUCCAAGGUUUUCAAGGUGCGCUUCUGAGGGCAGUGAGCCUUAGUGAGCGCAUGAUGGCACCCCUGUCUGGCCUUCAGAUGAGGGGCUACGAAUUGAAAUCUGACGAACACAAUGUGAACAGUGAUGCCAUCUCCAUCGUAGAUGAGCUGUCAAACUUGUCAAGACUGUGAUAUGAUGUAAGUUAAGGACUAGGCCCCACAGCUGCCUAGUAUCACAAACACCGUUAAGCCUAUACAUAUCAUUCCAGCUCGUCGAGCUCGAGCGUGUGGUGACGACUUCCGAAUAUAAUACACCAACGUCGAGAUGCUGGUUCAAUGAAUAUCCCGCAGAGAAGCAAAGACCGGGAAAUGUGAGAAAGAAAAAGAAAGAAAGGCCGCAUC